GACUCAUUGUUGUUCUCAUUUGCAUGUAUGACUGCCCACAUAGUUUAGAGGUGCUUUUCUUCCUCCGGCGUAGAAACUGUUCGAGGAACUACCAUACAUUAGAUGGCACACCUUUGUGAGCCGGUUACGUGGAAUGCUCUGAUAGGUCAAUGCUUCCAUGGCUUACGACUAUAUCCUCUUCCUUUUCGUUAUCUAAGUUAGUUGCGUUUAGAUCGCGGUGAGAUGUUUGGCCGGUGAUGAACUCUUUCCUCUCUCGUCUUCGUGCGUUGAUUACUUUUCCGAGCGUAUACUGCUUUCCCAUUUUAGACUUAUUUUACCCUCAGACCUGUGGUUGCUUUGGGCAGUGUGUGCUGACAGCAUGGUUCAGGAAAGGGGGGAAAUUAGUCAACAGUCUUGACAUCUAGUGUCAAGCAAGGCGAUGUCGGUGUCCAGUAAUCCCCGUCUCUGGACGUGCAACGUUCUCCGCGAUUACUGCGUGCGGAACAAGCUGAAGAGAUCAGGAAAGAAGGCCGCGCUUUUGGACAGGGUCAUUGCUCAUCAGAGUACCAGUGCCAUAUCUACCCCAGGCUGUGACUCUUCGCCUCGACCCGAACCUGCGGUGACGGCUGAAUCCAGCGCAGUUGCAGCUUCGCCUCACCAAGCUACGAGCAGUGUCAUGCAUGUGUCAUCCACUGGAGUGGACGACCAGCAAGCCCCAACUCUGGUGUGGAAAAACUUGUAGCGGGUCGCCUCCUGUGCGCAGAGGUCAGUGUGCGAACAAUGCUGCAGUACUUCCUGGAUACUGUUGCUGGAGAUGGCAAGUCAGCCAGCAGUUUUUAAAGCCAUUUCUGCCACGGACAACAAAUCAUCAAGACUUUAUGAGAGAGGAUACGUGCAGAAAAUAGAGGUUGCGUCAUCCAGCAAUAGCGUCCACUAUAAGGCUCGCUAUGAGCCCGAAAUGCGUACAUUGAAGGCGUAUCAAGCUCCAUCUGUCUGUGCAGACCAAGGGCGGCAGUGGCACUGACUGCCAUACCGUGGAGCGUGUCACCCAUGCCGAGUGUUCGUGUCCCGCUGGCAAAGGUCCCCACGGGUCUUGCAAGCACCUUGCUGCCCUAUUUUACUCCUUAGUCGACUUUACUCGGUUUGGCUAUACUAGGGACUUGGUCACUUGCAAGCCUGGAACCAGCCGCACGGGAAGAAGUCGGAACCGAUGCAGCAUUCCGACAUGACGUGGACUGGCGCCGCCAAGCGUAAGAGGAAGAACGUUUACAACGACCCUAGAGCAGCAGCGCAGCGUGGCAAUGUGUCAUCGUCACUCAGCCAACUGUUUUCUGCUGACUUACAAGAGUAAUGACGACGGGUCGAAUCUUGUCACGUUUUCCACCUCCAUGUCCUGGGUGAAAAAGCAACACCCACACCUGCAGCUGCACCUUCAAAGCCCUAGUGUGACCAACAUGCAACGAUGCAAUUGAUCAGCCAGCGACUCUGGAGGUUCUACUGCUGUGCUGUCAAAUGGACAGCAGCUAGUCAGGAAACAGGCCCUCAUCUGUCCCAUCAACUUGACUCUGCACACUCCCUAGCAAGACUCACUGCUAUACGACUGCCCCACUCACUGUCAGACUAUGUGUACUCCUGCAACAUGGUUGCAGGAUGAUGAUGCCGGAGGUCACUUCUUACACGUUGUGCAUGUCAGAGUUCUACAUUCACAUUUUACUUGUUGUUCUUGCAGCUCCUCAUUAUGGCUUUGAUUCAUUCACAGUUGUUGUCUGGACUGGUGGUGGAACGGGCUAGGUUACUGGCUUCACUUUCCCCAACAAUGCAACACAGUGUUGAUGAUGUCCAGUCAGCAGUCUUUACAUCAUGCUUGUUACCAAUAGUUCCCGGAAUAGCUGAUCAUAAUUUGUGAGCAUACGACUCAUACAUGUGCUUUGCUGGCAUGCCCUUGUGACCAGCAUUGUGCAGAAUUGUUAUUUAUCACUCUCUUAUUAUUCAGUACCGUCAUGGAAACUUAUGUUCUCUAAGCGGUCAAAUACCAUCACAUAUUGACCCCGUAUAUUGAUUGAUUACUUGUACUUGUAGGACUUAGGACGUUUCCGUUUUGAUUCGUCAUUAAUGGAUACAGCAGUUACCACGGUUUAAAAAAAUCUCGAUCACUCCAUGUCUCUGCAGAGCUGGAGCUGGUGUACAAGCAACUGUGACUCAGCCUGUUUGUUUUUACAUGUAUGUCUGUUCUAAAUAUGGUUGAACUGUGUCCUACCAGUUUUGGGUGUUGGCCGCAAGGUCAGA